CACCAAGAAAAACCCAACACAAAAGAAAAGAAAGUUCCUUUUUUAAAAAAAAUCCCGGGGAAGGAACGCAGCUUCGCCACUUGGUUUGGAUAUGGAGUCGCAAUUGACCCGUCCUUCGGACAGUGAUUACGCAGAGACCCAUGUGAAAAUUCACCAUCCUGAGGAAGAAGAGCACCAUGAGAAGGGAACUGCCAAAGUGUUGAAGAAAGUGAAGGAAAAGGCUAAGAAGAUAAAGAACACUAUAACGAAACAUGGUCAUCAUCAUGAGCAUGGUCAUCAUGUCCCCGAUGAUCAUGAUCUCGACGAAGAAGAUGACGACGAUGAUGAACUUGUCGUCGACCCUGAAGUGCAUGGCGCUCCGAUUUACGAAUCAUCCGCCGUAAGAGGCGGCGUGACAGGGCAGCCGGAGUCGUUGAGUCAUCCCGGAAAAGGCCACAUUCCGGCACCGGAGGAGAUGGUUCCUCCAGGAACGAAGGUGUUUCCGACCGAGUCCUACGGUCAAAUCAAACCGGUUGAACCAGUCGAAGUCUCUAAACCAGCCCAAGGCUUUGAUUCUUCCCAUGGUUUGGGAGGAACUGCUCCUCAUCCUAUGCGAGCAUCCGAUCCAUCGGACCCAGAAGAGACGGCGCAAAACACGCCUCCGUCUCUCCUCUCAGUAACAGAGGAUACGACUAGAAUGUUUGUGUCUGCUGGUGAAGACCCUCAUGGUCAACGGAAAGUCAACCUAGAGAGACCUAAAGGAUUGGAGGAAGAUCGCGCUGCUCCUGGAGGAGGGCUUGAUUCUUCUGGUGUUGUCUCGAACUAUCAAUCCAAAGUCACUGAUCCCACCGGAAAAAGUGGAGAAGAAGUUGGAGUGACACCAAUCAUUGAAUCUCUAGGUAAGAUGAAAAUGACGGAUGUGCCUCAUGAGUUAUCAGAACGUGGAUUGGAGAGAGAAUCCCUGACGAGAAGGGACGAACUCGAUGUGAAAUCAGGACAUGAACCGGGAAAGGAUUUCCCGACACCUGAAAUGUCUCCUCCAGAGAACCCUAAAACAGAAACUGGAGCUUCCAAGCCUCAGGCUAUGGCAGAUGAUGCAGACAUGCCAAAGCAGAGCAGCUACACCGAGAAAAUCGUCUCGGCAACUUCAGCUUUGGCUGACAGAGCUGCAGCAGCAAAAACUUCCGUGGCCUCAAAGCUAGGUUACUCUGGAGGAGAAGGCAGCGAGGAAGAAACUCCAAGAUCCGCCAUGGAAUACGGGAAGAAGAUGGCGGAGAAGUUAACUCCGGUGUAUGAAAAGGUCAAGGAGACUGGAACCAGCGUGAUGUCGAAGAUGCCCCUCUCGGGUAGCGGCGAAACCGGACAGAGACAGGACAAGGGAGUGUCAGCGAGGGACUAUAUAGUGGAGAAGCUGAAGCCAGGAGAGGAAGACAAGGCUUUGUCCGAAGUGAUAACAGAGAAGCUUCACUUGGGAGGAGAGAAGAAGAAGAAGAGAGGGACAGUAAUGGAGUCAGAGGAAGUGAAGAAGAGGCUUGGAGGGUUUAGCGAUGAGAGGUCGGAGAAGGAGAUGGAGCAUGGAGAGAGCUUCGUGGAGGAUGGCAAUGGCGGUGGGGGAAUGGUGGAGAAGCUAAAACUGGCGGUGACGUCAUGGCUUGGCGGUAAGACGGAGGAAGUGAAGAACAAGUCGGCAGAGUCGGUUCAGGAGUCUUCACAGUCGCUUGGUUCCACGAUUGGAACCGAGUUAGGACUUGCGGGGACCAAUGGAGGAGAUGUCGGGGGAAACGGCGGCGGGGGGAGAAAGCUCCAAGAAUCUGGGAACUGAGAUUUGGCUGUUCCUUUGUGUACCGACACGGUUCUUGUCUCUCUUUUUUUCUUCCUUGAGGUUUGCUACGAGUGUGUUGUCUCUUUGAUUCUGAUUGUUGGGGAAUGAACUGUUUUGUUGUAAAUA